AUGGAGCCCUCGACGAACAAUGAUCAGUGCACCCCAAUCGACUCGUCUGUGUUGACGCAUAUGGCCCACUCAUCGCAGACAGAGAUUAAAGUGGAGAACGUCACACAUUCUUGGACGGUGAAAAACUUUUCCCAUUGUUAUCAGGAAUACUUGGAGAACUUUGUACAUUUGACGAGGGGAGACGAGCAGCAUACUUGGAGCAUAAAGAUUUAUCCAAAGGGAAAUGGAGAGAAUAACAAGGAUUUCGUGUUUUUAUGCUUGAAUCGAAUCAUCAAUACGGGUAAAUCAUCGAAGAUUGGGUUCAAAUCGCGCUUUACGCUUCGUUCGGCUGAGAAUAAGGAUAUCGAGAUGCGAAUUCACCCCAAUCCGUCACAUUCCGACUAUGUUUCAUAUAUAAAGCGUGAUGUCCUCUUCCCUCAAAUCCUCCCCCGCGAUCUCAUCGUGGUUCAAGUCGAAAUUGACGUGGCCGUGGAAACGAUAACUACCAACACCGAACAGCACAGUGUUGUGAAUAUGGAGCAACAGUUGUUUGACGACUAUCUGAAGAUCUUCCGCGAUGAAUUAUUGACGGAUUUCGUUAUAAAGGUCAGCGGUCGAGAGGUGCGGGCGCAUAGAGCGAUUCUGGCUGCUCGGUCACCGGUAUUCUGCGCAAUGCUUACACACGACCAAACUAACGAAGCGAAAACGGCCAUCCUCGAGAUCCCAGACCUGGAAUACGAUGUGGUCGUCGAGAUGCUGAAUUAUAUUUAUUGCGGCCGUUGCAGCAAAGACAUCAACCACAUUGCGUCAGACCUGCUCAUUGCCGCCGACAAGUAUCGCUUGGAUGAGCUGAAGACGCACUGUGAAAAGACACUCGUCGAGCAAAUCCAAAUCGAUAAUGCCUGCGAAAUGCUCAUCCUUGGGGACAUGUAUGGGGCCAAAUGGCUACGGAAACGAGCUGUCCAGUAUAUCCUACAUCGUCCCAAGCAAAUCACGUCAACGAUUGGAUGGGAAGCCGUGCUCAGGCAGCAUCCACAGCUCGUCACUGAUAUUGUGAACCAAUUCGACAAGGGCACCUCAGUGACGACCAUCGAUUCGGUGCCCCCGUCAUGC